CAUAAAGUAGUGUAAUUAUAUUUUGGUGGAAGAACAAAUUUGUAAGAACAUGGGAUAAAAUUUUAAAAGGUCUACCCCAUUUUUUUUCUACAUAAUGUAGGGGAAUAAAAUUGAAGGAAGAAAAACAAAGUAUAACAAUUUGGGUGAUAUUGGUUUAUUCUUGGUCCCUCCCGCCAAUGUCCUAAAAUGUCGGUGCUUGUAUGUUUGGUCCGAAUCCAUGUCUCCUCCAUUACAACAACACUAUGUUUCUCCUCCAAAACCAAUUCACACCGAGUGUCCCAAAUUCGCAUCCCUGCUAUUAACAAGACACCCAAAAACAAUGCAGAACUUCAACCUAAGAACCACUUACCCCAAAUUCCACACCAAAAAAAGUUUGUCCAUCCUGAAGGAUCUGCGUAUACAGAUACAAAUGAAUUGGGUCAAUUUAAUGAGUGUCCUGCCAAUUGGGAAUAUGUGCUUGAAGGGAUUCGUAAAAUGAGUCAUUCGAUAGACACUUCUGGAGAUCGGGAAGAUGAUGAUAUUCAUCCUCCUAAGGAAAGAAGAUUUGUUGUGCUGGCAUCUACUAUUUUGUCAAGCCAAACUAAAGAGGAUAUUACUCGCGGAGCAACUCGACGUCUUCGUCAAAAUGGUCUGCUUACUGCUGAUGCACUCAACAACGCUGAUGAAGAAACUAUCAGAAAGUUGAUUUACCCUGUUGGGUUUUAUAUACGAAAAGCCAGUAACUUGAAGAAAAUGGCUCAUAUUUGUCUAACAAAAUAUGGCGGAGACAUACCUAAUACAAUUGAGGAACUACUCUCACUUCCAGGCGUAGGCCCUAAGAUUGCUCAUUUGGUUAUGAUUAUUGGAUGGAACAAUGUCCAAGGGAUAUGUGUAGAUACUCAUGUCCACCGCAUCUGCAAUCGUCUUGGAUGGGUUUCGAGAUCAGGCACAACACAGAGAACUUCAAUACCAGAAGAAACAAGAAAGGCGCUGCAACAAUGGCUUCCAAGGGAAGAAUGGGUUGCAAUAAACCCUCUCUUGGUAGGAUUUGGAAGGACUAUUUGUACUGCAUUGCGGCCUCGCUGUGGAGAAUGUGGUGUAAGUAAGUUCUGCCCAUCAGCGUUCAAGGAGACUUCAAGUUCAUCAUAUUUUAGGUCCAAUAAGUCUUGAUUGAACAAUAAGCUGGAAUCAAGCUGAUUAUUUAAUUUCAGGUUUUAUAUACUACAUACAUAGCUGAGAAUUUGGAUGUGAUUAGAUUAUAGAGAAAUUUCUCGCAUAUACCCAUUUAUGAGUGUUGUAUAUAUUUUGAAGAAAGACUUGUGCUUCAACUAAAAGAGAUGUGUAUGUAUAGAAGAAUUGCAUAUCUUCAACUAAUUUUAUUUUAUUUUCAUGUUUAA